CUUGUCUGUUCGAACUUGAAUAAACGUUCGCACCUACUGAGUAUUUUGUUCCAUGCAAAACGUCAAAAUUCUAGAGAUUGGCACCAUUGAAAUUUUAAAGAUUUUUGAUAAAAAAAAAACAUCAAAAACGCGCCAAGUUUUGAGUGAGGUUAUUGAUAAUAAAAUGGAUAGCCAGAAAAUACAUUGUUUAGAAACGUUGCAGAAUUUUAUUUCAGAAACUGAUAACUCUGAAAAUGCCUUCUAUAUUUCUGAUAUACCAGAAGUUUGUAAAGAAUUUCCUUGUAUAUUAGGAAUCGAUGAAGCUGGACGAGGACCAGUUUUAGGUCCAAUGGUGUACGGAACUACUUUUUGUCCAAUCAAUGAACAGAUGAUUCUCGUAAAAUUAGAUUGCGCCGAUUCAAAAGCUCUUACUGAAGAGAAACGCGACGUUAUAUUUAACAAUAUUUGUAAAGAAUCUAAAUCCAUAGGUUGGGCGGUAGAAUUAAUUUCACCCAAUUAUAUUUGUAACAGUAUGUUAAGUCGUACGAAACAUUCAUUAAAUAAAGUUUCCAUGGAUUCAGCUGUUGCGCUAAUAAAAGCAGCUGCGAAUGGAGGAGUUAAUAUCGAACAUAUAUUUGUCGACACCGUAGGACCUCCAGAGAAAUACCAGGAUUAUUUGAAAGGAUUGUUUCCCAAGUUUAAAAUUACAGUAUCUAAAAAAGCUGAUUCUAUUUAUCCCAUUGUUUCGGCUGCUAGUAUUUGUGCUAAAGUUACAAGAGAUCAUGCAAUUAAAGUCUGGAAAUUUCCAGAAGGAAUUGAUAUCACAUAUAAAGAGUUUGGCAGUGGUUACCCUGCAGAUCCAAUAACCAAAAAUUUUCUUAAACGCCAUUCAGAUCCAGUGUUUGGUUUUCCACAAUUGGUAAGAUUUAGUUGGUCAACAGCUGUAAAUGCUUUGGAAGAAGAAGCUUAUCAUGUAGAAUGGGAACAAACCGAAGAUUCCAAAAAAACUCCGCCUGCUAAUAAUACUUCAAUAACCUCAUUUUUUAAAAUUACUAGCAAAGAAAAAGGCGUUCAAAAACCUGUUAAUGAGUUUUUUGCACAACGGUGCCUUAGCAGAAAUGUAGAAUUAUAA